AUGACGCACCCCGAGCCCAAGAUCAACCUCAAGACCAUCACCGCGCACCAGGUGCUCUCGCACCGCGAGAAGAUGUGUGAGCUGUUCCAGCUUCUAGACGAUAGUGAGCGGCACGAGCUGAUAAUUGGUACCGCCGAGCAGCGCGAGCGGAGGCUCAACGAGUUCCGCGAGCGCCGGGACGCCUUGCGGCGCGAGCUCGGCAAGUAG